CGGGAUGCGUCGCGCUUUCCCGUGGUGCCGCGCGGCAAGCAGCGGCAGGAGCGGCCGCGACUCCAUCCGGGUCCUGGCGCAGCUCCGGGUCACCCUGCGGCAGACUUACUUGAAGGCCCGGAAGUGCCGCCCCUGGGCGCUCCUGAGUGGUGGGUUGGCCCCGGUUCCCGCCGGGGAUAGGCUGCGGAUGCCGUCAGCGCCUGGGUACGUCACUUCCGCUAUCAAGUGCGUGGGCAGGAGAGAGACCUUGGCCGCGGGGGGGAGCCUCCCCAGCCCCUGGUACUGGGACCCGGGGGGGACCUGCCGUGCGCAGAGGUCUACACAGGCACCCGGCAUCACCUGGCAGCACCAGCCGAAGAAAGUUGUGGCGGAGCAGGGCGCAGGGUGGCGUGAAGGGGGGUUUACGCUGGAAACCGAGGGAGCAGAAGUUGAGAGGAAGAAAAUACCGUAUGAAACCCCUGUCCGCGGGCAGUUCGGCGCGCUGUCAGUGAGAGGCGGGGUGGGACGGCAGGAAGCCAAACUCUUUAACACUGGCAUUGGGACCAACUGCUUGUGUCCAUCUGUGCACGCUAAGAUAUAUGUUCUGCUCUGUCUCAAGACGUCCUUGCUAAGAAGGGGAUUGUAAGUCACACAUCUGUCUGAUGAGAGGUUACAUCUGUGGAGCACAAAUAGUACUUUAACAGAAGUUUAAUGACUCUUGUUGCUAUGACUACUACAACUUGCUCACUGUCUAAAGAUGAAAUAUGUAAGACCAAAGCAACUGGUAAAAUUUUGCAAUUAAGGAAUCUUAUCUUUAAAAUAACUUUAUUGCAUGACUGGGGAGAAUAAAGGGAAUGCUUUGUCUGCGAUCAAUAUUUUCCACUGAAAAUGCUGUCUGCAGCUCACCUAACUUGUCCUUACUAUAGCAACACUCUUUCUACAUCAGCUCUGAAGAUGCCUGCACUGUGGGAUGAGGUAGUAGGUUGUAUAGUUUUAGGGUCAUACCCACAACUGGGAGAUAACUAUACAAUCUACUGUCUUUCCUAAAGCAGCAGAAAAUCAGCAGUGAAAACUUUUCAGUUUUAAGCUCCAUGUCAGAUUCUGCUGAACUCCUGUAAUUAUAAUGCUUAUUAUAGGAAAAUAUUUCUGUAACAUCUAUGGGUAAUUGUGUUUAGACUUUUCUAAUUCUUGGAAAAGCUAGGUUAGCGUUCCAUGUUAAUUUUUCUCCUCUAACAAGUAGAAAACUGGGAAUAGGUCGAUUCCUAUAUAUGUAUGGCAGGGUAAUCAAAUACAAAUUACUGAUGUUCCAGCUGUUGCGUUGUUUAACAUUGCUAACUGAAGUAUCAAAUAUCCUUUAGAAUGAAACCACGGUUAGCUAUUUAAACUCUUUGUUGAGGUAUAUACUUCUCUGUCAGAGUGAGGUAGUAGAUUGUAUAGUUGUAGGGUAGUUAUUUUACCCUGUUCAGGAGAUAACUAUACAAUCUAUUGCCUUCCCUGAGGAGUAAAACAAACUGCGGUCCUUUGCAGUCAUUCAUGUCCACACAGAGUAAAAAUAGAUCUGUCAGAUAAAUUUAGGGUUGUAAAUUAUCAGAUUGGUCAGUGACAGAAUUUGCAGGAUUAACAAUCAGUGUGAAUGGUGCAACCCCAAGUGAUAUAUUUGACUGAUAUGACUUUUCUUCCAAGGUGAGUGGCACAGUGCUGGCUGGAUAUCAAAAUGCAUGUGUUCCUAGGUAUCAAGUGGAAUACUCCAUAGAGUGGAAAUUAUUCUAAAACAAUUUGGUUUUGAAUGUAAAAAUACAGGUAGCUCAAACUUGUACAUUGUGACAUACUAUUCUGAGACCCCAGUUUCUAUAAUGCAUUAGAAUUCCAUGACUCCAACAGCUUAGUAAGUUGGUGGGAAAACUUACAAUUAUACUUUAUUAAUAAGCCUGCUUAUUUUUCUCCAACUCUUCUAGUACGUGAGACUUAAACAAUGUAAUACAAAAUUAAAGUGUUGAGUGGCCAAAAUUAACCCCUCACCUUUUUUUGGGAGUAUAAAUCUAUGAAGUUUGAGUGGCCAAGAUCCAGAAUUGUAAUUUUUCUCAGAGUUGGGUACUGUUUUUAUAAAAAAGACAUUUUUUUUCCUCCUGACAUCCUAGGUGUGCCCAAUCUGCCUGCUUCUGUGCUAGCAUGGCCAGCUAGCAUCUUGCUAUAGUAACACAGAAAAGCAUGAAAAUGCUUUUUGGGACUGAAAUUUUAGCAUAGUAGGUCAGAGUGAAAAAUGGAGCCAUUCAUGAGUAUUUAAGCCCAGAGCGUUAAAACUGGUUAACCACUUACCAAGCAGUGGUAACAGUGUAAACUUGCAGUACGUACUCAGACCUAAAAAGAAGACCAAAAGCAGCUGGUAAGCUAAAAUGACUUCACAGAGCAGCUACUAAGUAAGAAGAACUGCAAAAACGAACCAUUGGGCUCCUAGGAAGAGGUAGUAGGUUGCAUAGUUUUAGGGCAGGGAUUUUGCUCACAAGGAGGUAACUAUACAACCUGCUGCCUUUCUUAGGGCUUUAUUAUAACACCAAGACCAUUUUGGCUCCAUCGUAACCUCUGCAGCUUUGGCAUAUGAAGAGAAACGACAAGCUGUUUCUAAGCAUAUUGAGGCUUAAUGAAACCAGCAUAUCACCAAACUCAAGCAUAGCACUUCUAGCUAGAAUUCAGUAUAGCGAAAUACUGCAGAUGAGGGUGUACAUGCCAUUUUGGUUACAUUGUGUUGUGGUAUCCUGCAAGUAAGAGGCUAUGCUUGGAAGGCAAUUCCUUCAAGAGUAAGACCGAGUUCCCUAUGAUUAAGAUGGAGGUGGCAUGCACUUCUUGAUGUUCAGUUGAGGUGCUGAUACUAUGUACUUAAACAGGCAGCUAUAAUAAAUCAUCCUUUGGCUUUGUGCGUUUCAAGUGGAAAAAACCUGAAGUUUUCCUUCCCCAGAAGGAUCAGCUUACAGUUCACCUGAAAGCUGGUAGUUUCUCAACAGGGAUAGGCACUCCUAAUAAAACAGGCUCUCAAUUAUGGAUUAUUUGCAGUCUUGCAGGAGGGAAGUUUUGACUCUGUUAAAAUGAAUUAUUGCAUAGUUUGUCUCUUGGAAUCAUAUGUUAAAAGGUAGUCCAUAGGGGUUUUUUUAUGGACUUACUAUACUUUAUACACUGCACUACAGCAAUAGUUUUGGCAGGUCUUCAGUUGGACAUCCUAUACCACAGGAUACAGAGACUUUAUUUUAACUGCUGAGCAUCUUGUCACAUUAACAUGUUAGGCUUACACCAGCCACUAUUUAAACUUUUGACAAUAAGGCAGAAUUGUAGAUGAUAUAAUCAGGAUAAGUAUGCUUAUAUUGAAUGUCCUGUAUGAAUUUAAUUGUACACGUUUGAUUUAGUUAAUAAAAUACAGCAUUUUGUGCAACUCUUACAGGGAAUGGACUUUAAUUUCUCCAAAAUAAAUAUUUCAGGAAAACAGUGCCCACGUGAUUGAAAUGAAGUCAAGACUAUGUUACAAAAAUUAGUGUUAACUAGUAUUAGUGUUAACCAAUUCUAGUGUUAACUAAAAAUUAUUCUAGUGUUAACUGUGACUUUCGUUAAAGACUUUUGGUGCAAGACUACACUGUAGGGGGAGGAUCCUUAUUUACAAAAUUACUGAGGAAUGCGUAGGAACUCUGCUUACUCUAGAGCUGGUUUCUGAGUGGAAGUUUAAAUUGCUGCACAAAAAUCGAGACUUUAAGAGGGUGGGCUCUGCUAGUCUUAACUGCACCUUGGUUUUUGUAUAAAUGCAGCUGGUAAGUUAUCAGCAGGUAAGAUUUAGGCAGAGAAACAUAUCAAUAAAUUUGGUUUUAGUGGUUAAAAGUACCUUAAAAGCUUUAAUAUAAUUAAAAUUUUAUAAGGAGUAUGCUUAUCCUUAAAUAAUCCUUAAAUAAUCUGUGCUAGCUGUUCCAGCUGUGGUACUCCCAUUGUACCGGACACAUUUGUAAAGCCCCUUUUGUGAGAGCUAUAAACAGAACUUGGGUCCUAGAUGAAAAUAAGGAGCUGUUUUAUAUGAAGUUUGAAGCAAUAUGUGAGUUUGGGGUUUAAUGUGCCUAUUUCUGCCCUUCUGUUACUGUAACAGUUGAUACUCUCAGUGCUGCUGGGUUUCUUUAACAGUAUAAUUCAGAACACAAGUAGUAGAUGAAGCUUUAAACUUCUUAAUCUCUGACUGAAGUUAUAUACAUCUCAACAUUUUUAGAGCCAGAUUUUUUUUAAGUGUUAAAAACAGCCGCUCUUCACAGAGUCCUAAGUGUUUCUUAGGCAAAAGUACCUGAAUUUUGGAUUUAAUGUCUCCAUAUGCUUUCAGUGUAUUGUGAUAAGCAGAUACUGCAGAGAGCUACUGCAGUAUUGGUUCUGCCACAUCAAAUCCAGCAGUAUCUCUUGUGCAAUACCAAAAGUAGCCUUGAUAUGUCUUUACACAGAGGAAGACAGUAGUGGUCAGUUCAUUUUUAAAAUGGUUGGUUAGUUCUUCCCUUUAUCUAAGGAUGCUAACCCUUCAUCCCCAUCUUUCUAUUACUGAUUCUGUCUUACCUAUAACAGGUAUAGGCAUUUAUUUCCUUGUAAUUGGAAGCAGCUUGAUCGAGUGAUAAGGCUCAGACUAGAAAGGAAUUACGCUGUGGUUUAGCAGCCUCAUCCAAGGUUAUUUCUUACCUCAACUUAUCUGUGGGCUCCACCUAGUAAAUGGAAUCUGCUCAAAGCACAGGGUUUAUUUGCUUUUUUCCCACAUGUAUAUUCAAAGAGGGGUCCAAGGAUGAGGUGACAACAUGGCAAGAAUCCUUCCAAUAAAGAAACAGUGGUUAAAGAAUGCACAGCAAACAGUGCAGGAAAGUUUGCAGUAACAGUAGAGACAUGUUUACCACCCAUAGUGAAGUAAUUGUGUCAUGGUGGUCUUGGAAACAUUCCAGCAGAGCUCCAAAAAUAGAAUAUAGCUUCAGUGCAGAUCCACAUCCCAGGAGAAUUAUGUUCUGUGCCCUUCCAUGCAGGAAGCUGUGUUCUGAAAUCUUCCUGGUAGUGUGAAACCCAAGACCUGUUGGGCUUUUUCUGUAAGACAGAACACUACUAAUAAACAUCCUUAUGCUUCCAAAGGGGACUCUGGGCACUUGUGCCAUGUUCACAGUAUAUGAAUUUUAUGCAUUAAAAAUUCUCUCCCCUAUGCUGCCUUGUGUUGAAAGCUAGGAUUGUGGCAGGCAAGAAUUGCUGUUAUUUUCUAUACUUCAUGCUAUGCAGAAGAUAAUAGAGCUCCUAGAGAACAGCUGCCGCUAGAGGUACACACAGCAGAGUUUUACCCUACCUCAAAAGGGUGUUCUCUCCUGUGGUUUCCCAGGUUCGGAAGGGCGUUUGAGUUCUUAACCAUUAGUUUUAAUUUGUGCUCUGUAUCCAGCCUUCCAACCUGUGAGAACAGAUGCACAGAAAUUAACCUUUAGCUAUCAAAUGUAUAUAGAGAGGUGUUAGCAACAUAUACCUAGAAUUUUCAUGUUAUAUUUAGAUCUGAUCCUGUGGUCAUUUGAAAUGCCAUGUCAUCCUUAUGCCAAAAAGCUGUUCUUACUCUCUCCUUUGGUAACCAGCAUGUAACUCAGUCAUAGCUGCGUAUAGGUGGUUCAUCUUUUUUUGGAUUUACCGGGCAAACUAUAAAGUACCUGAUACAUUCAGGGGGAGGGCAGGUUGUUGGGGGGAGAGAAAGGAAGGAAAGUCUCAGAUGCACUGGUUAAAACAGAAAAGUGUGAUGAGUUCAGCUGAGUAUUGGUAGUUUCAAGUGAGACUCCCGAAAGACAAUUGAAGUACCUCAGUUCUAGAGGCAUCAGUGCAUACUGUGGCCUUCAGACCUCUGCUAAGCAGAUGAGAAAGUUGGAUUUAGUCAAGCAAGCAGAUUUCACCUGCCAAACUUAGUUGUAUGUUUAAUGACAUAGUUUUGUAAAGAUGAGUUGUGACAGGAGCCACUGGAAGCAUCAGAUGUCAACGUAUGCUUUCUUACAACACAAGAAAUCGGAUUCUUAUUGCGUAGAUGGUCUUACUGGAAGUUGAUUUUUAUACUGGUUUGGUUUCAGAUGCCAAACCACUACAGUGAAGAGGGCUUAUAUGCAUCAGAAAAUAAGACACUCUUGUAUUUCACCCUGCUGUAUUAAAGCGAUCUUCAAAAUAAAUCUAUUACGAGUCAUACAGUGCUACUAAGGACUGUAUUUUUGGUGACUGAAAAGGUCCUUUCUGAAAUAGGAGAAUGUUACUGAAAAAAAUACUCCCUUUGACAUUAAAACUCUUCUGUAUAAAUGAUGCCACACUGAUUAGUUAGACCCAGCACAGCAUAAAACUAGAGAGCAGGAUCAGAUCAUGCAAUUGCGAGUCCCAAUUCUGUGAGAGAGUUUAAUACACGCUCUAUACAUUACCUUAUAUAUUAUACACCCUUUAAUACAUUACCUUUGGAGAUACCUGUGGUCUCAGUACUCCCAGCAACUACCCAGAAGUUGCUCGGUGAAAGUAGUAAGAAGUAGUAAAUCACAGUAUCCCAAAAUGCUGUCAUACAUGAACCCUGAUUCACUUCUGGAAUUGUUAGUGUAUAAGUGGCUCCUCCUGCAGUAGCUCCCUGAAAUAAAGAGGGGUGAGGAAGAAAGAGAAGUAUAGCUUGAACUUCCCAACUCCUAAAAUAAUGAAUUUGUACAAUGUCAAAGGGCUAGUACUCAUGACUAACAUUGUGCCGAUUAAGCCGUGACUGAUGCUAUUAGGACUUGGUAUGUAAAACUAAAGCGUAUGUUAUGCCAAAACAAGCACAGUCAAAGGCUUUCCUCGAUACUUAUUUUACAAAAAAGUAGCACUGAAUCUGCUUUUAAGAGACUGAUGUAAUACCAUCCUAAUACAUUUCUUCGUCAGCUGGCAUACGCUGCCUUAAUUGCCUUAUAGUACAUGCUGUAAUGAAAGAGGUGAUACAUGGCUGCAGAAACCAAUGCAGAGACAGACAGAACAAAGCAAAUUUUCCUUAGGUAUUAGUGUUUUGAACAAAUCCUCCUUUUACUGUUUCAAGUUAAAUGCAGCUACCUUGGAGAACACAGGAGAGCCAGCAGUGAGCACUACUACCACUGCAGAGCAAAUAAGCCAAGUCAACUUGUCUGACUAAUCUCACUGUUCCCGCGGUGGCUGUGGUGAACAGAAAAGUAUUUCUACUGUUCCAUGCUCCACACCAUCCCACUUCUGUACUUACUGUUCAGUAACACUGGAGAUGCUGUUCUGAUACAACUGUCUAGCACCAGUUCAUAUAUGGUAUUUCUGGUGCUUUAAUGAGGGAAAGAGGUAGGUCAAACCUAAGCAGACAAUGGAUCAGGGGACUGGAGCAUCUCCCUUAUGAGGAAAGGCUGAGACCUGUUUAGCCUGGAGAAGACUGAGGGGGGAUCUUAUCAAUGCUUGUAAAUAUCUGAAGGGUGGGUGUCAGGAGGAUGGGGCCAGACUCUUUUCAGUAGUGGACAAUGACAGGACAAGGGGCAAUGGCACAAGUUGGAACACAGGAAGUUCUACCUCAAUAUGAGGAAAAACUUCUUUCCUGUGAGGGUGACAGAGCAGUGGAACAGGCUGCCCAGAGAGGUCGUGGAGUCUCCUUCCCUGGAGACAUUCAAAACCCACCUGUGCCCCCUGCUCUAGGUGUGCCUGCUGAAGCAGGGGGGUUGGACAAGAUGAUCUCCAGAGGUCCCUUCCAACCCCUACCAUUCUGUGAUUCUGUAAUUAAAACAGGUGGAGCAUUAGGCAUGAGAAUAAUUAAUAAAUAAUGAGUGUGAAAUAAUGAGGCAAUAAGAGUAUCUGAAGGAUGCAAAUGCAGGAAAUACGAUUCUUGUUAGGAUGCUGUUAAACAGUUUCAGCUAAAUGUCACAAAAAUUUGCAAUAAUAUAUGUAAAACUAUUGUGGCAAUACCUUAAAUGGAUGAAUUGCCAACAAGCAGGUCUGGAAAGCUGGCAUUUGGUGGGGACAGACAUGUUUAAACCUUGUUUCAGUUGAAGUCAAUGGAAAACCUCAAUCUUGGGGCAGGAUUUCACUUUGAGCCCAAAUACGUUUGUGUUGGAUUUUUUGUUGUUGUUGGGGUUUUUUGUUUGUUUUGUUUUUUUUUUUUUAGCAUGAGUCACUGAAAUAAGGUAGAGCUAACUCAUUACUAUUUACUAUGUAAAUCAACAUAUAAGAGAUGAAUAAACAUUAGUAAUUUUUUUAAUAAAUCUACUUACAGCUAGGAAAGGCUUGUUUACUGAGUGGGUAGCCAGCCUGCAUGAAGGUGGUGAUGUAGAAAAUGCAGCAAGCUGUUGUCCAGUCACCCUGCCAGGCUUGAAUUGUUCAGCAGGCAAUCACGGCUAACCUGUGCUGCAGGGCUGCGAUGGCUUUUCCUGUGAGGAGCCUGACCAGGUCUGCUUACACUAGCCAAGAAUAGCAAGAUGCCAGUUAGUAACCAUCUAAUACAGAGUUGAUUAGUACAAUGUUGUUUCUUUAUUCAUAUUGAAGUGAAUUAGACCAUAUGAAAUUCUCAGACAUUUAAAGAAAUAUUUCCCAGGUGCACAAUGAAGUUUUUACUCUUAAUAAAAUACCCUUUUUCUGUUUUGCAUUUCAACCCUGGUUGGACCUGUCCCCCCACUGGAUUACAAUGACUCAGUGCACUCCAUUGUGUUUCAGAAAUUCUGAAACGCAGCCAGGAAGUUCCUUAUGAAGAUUACCUUGUUAAAGAAAAAAUAUCCACCAUAUUGCUUGCCCUUCAAAUCUCAUUCAGUGACUGCAGAUUUUUGUAUUUCAAGUAGGGGCAACAGAGGAGUUCCCAGUCAACUUCUUUUAAAAUACAGAAACUAAAAUUCCCUCUUCAAUCUACCCCACUCCCUUUUCUUCGAUUUUUGGAGCAACAGCAUGGUUCUGUGAAACUCAGAGUCCAUUUCUGAAUCCAUAAGUAGCACAGUGAUUACACAAAGCUUUCUACCUUCUCUGCCAAUUCAUUUCACUGUUGACUCACGGACUGAUUUCCCAGGUAUUUUAAGACAUCAUUUAUAUGUAGCUGUGACAGUAGCCAAAUCUAAGCUGCUCUUGAAUAGUGUUUAUUAGUUUUAGGGUGACUCUUGUGAAUGCCAGUGUUCAGGAACUAAUUUCAAAAAAUAAAAAAAUUAACAAGUCUGAAGUAGUGAUCAGCAAAUUUGAUACUGAAGACAGCAUUUCACCUGGUGGAAAGCAGUAUUGGGUUGAUCGCUGUGUAGUCCCUACAAUCCAAAGUUUUCUCCAUCAAAAUUGGCAACAGAAGAUAAUCAAAUGCUGCUCUUAGAUUCAGUAUAAAUUCUGUGACUAGAUGACUACUAGACCUGUCCUGUGCAAAGAGCCUUCAACAGCAGAAGAAAAAAACGUGAAUUAUCGUAAAAAUUGCCACAUUCCUUUGUUCCUUUCUGUCUUUAUUUUCAGACAGAUCAAGAAGCUAUGAAGUACUCUUACAUCCUUGAUGCACUGACUUUUUCUACAGUGUUUUAAAUUAGGCCCUGAGAAAAAGGGUGUUCAGCAACCAAAUAUCUAGAGAUUUCUGUGUAAGAGAGUAUUUCAUUAUAAGAAGACAUUAGAAACACUGAGUGACCGGUACCUUUGCAUGCUUUUAUACAACUAUUGCGUGCCCUUUGUGUUUCUAGCAGAGUUCACUAUGUCUGAAUUGAGAAGAGUUUAGUGUGUGAAAUACUACCUGCUGAAAGCUAAUGUUCCUCAGAUCACAAUAGUUGUUCACUUAGAGGAUUCUGUAAAAUCCAAAAAGAAGAGGGCAUAAAUAUUGAAGGCAUAAGUAUUGCAGGGUAGAUUCAGGCCUUAUAUUUCAAGGGAAGAGAAAAAUAUAUGAACUCCUGUAUUUUCUGACCUCUUGCCCAUUCCAGGCUGUAAUUGUGCCAUCAGUAGAUGCAGUACAAGCAAGAGAUGCUAAUUUGCCAUCACCAAAGGUGAUCAUUGUCAGAAAGAUAAGCCACAACAACUGUUUUUCCUACAGUAAAAUAAAAGUUAGAAAACAAAACAUCAUGAAAUAGAACUGAAAGAUUUGAUUGUCCGCAAGGUCUGUUCAGCAAAGUGUUUGAAGACAUGGACUUCAGUACAGCUGGAAAAAUACUAUGACCUUUAUAGAGCGUAUUACUAAGUAUUGUUAAAUCACUGCACGUGAUUCCCUCUUAGAGUGUUACCUUAUGGAUGAUUAACAGUUGAGAUUUUACUGUAGGUUAAAGAAACAGAUUUGCAGUAUUUAUAGGUAGGUAACAUGGUGUGCAGAUAUGCACCUUAUUAUUUUCUCAAAUCUGGCUCAUUGUCAGGGAAGAUGGGAAAAAGACUAAAAAUUACACCAUUGUCGUCUAUGGUGGUGAAGAAAUAAGGUACGCUAAUGAGAUAAGGUUUUGCGUCACCAUCUUUUAUGUAAAUUCUUUUUUAGGGCUGGUAAGGGAGUGUUACAGUUAGCCACUUCAUAAAGAAAAACAAACAGAACGAGCUCUAUUUUUAGUCUUCUGAGACUAUAACACACAAAUGCCAUUUUUCCAGAGGUUAUUUGUUGAGUUUCCACAUUUCUGCUUACGGUCAGCAAAGCUUUUAAAAGAAACCCUGAUGUGGAUUUGCAUCCUAAAUUCAUGUGACAGUUGCAUACAAACUCUCUUAAAUUGUUGUAUUUGAUUCCUAACAUAAAAUUAAUAGGUAGGUUCUUUUAAUAUGCAUCUUUGUGAACUUCAUCAAAACUCAAUUAACUCCAACUAACCAUUUUGAAAAGUGUUCCCUGCCAUGAGACAAGUAACCAAACAAAACUCUAUUUUCUCUACUGCCUAAGCCUAAAUUGGAAUGAAUAUACCUCUCUAGUUCCCUUCAGAUUUUUAGGUUCUUUACUGGAUGCAACAUUUACUGGAUCUGUUAUUGCUUGGGUAAUUUGUGUGUCUGUCCAGUCACCAGCCUACUAGUACGGACACUACUUGGGUAUUUUCAUUGUGCAGUGGUAAAAACCUAAAUAAAUCUACAUGAGAUAUA